AGAUAACAUAUUCGAUACAAUUUGCCGGUGUAGACGUCCGAGGUAGAAGACGAAGGGCUGAGAGAAAAUCCAUCGGCAUCCUCGUAGUGUGGAAAAUUGAAGAAGAAACAAAAUGUGGUCCAUCUUAGGAAAGAUGAUGUUGAUAUUUCUGCUGGUACUGCCAUGCACAGUUAUGAUUUUUGAGAAUGAUAAAGUAGCUGUGUAUGCUCAAGAUGGAGAUUCUGUAGAAGGAGAGGAUGACGAAGACACUGUUGUUGAAAAUGAGGAUGGGGUAGAGGAUGCAGACCAGGCUGUUACUGAAAAAGAAAAGGAAGAUGAAGAGGAAUCGACUGAAGAAGAUCAGCAGCUGAAACCUUCUCCUGAUGCAGAUGCUGUAAUGCUCUUCACAAAACCCAUUGGCACCACUGAUUUGCCUGCUGGCCAUACCAUCAGGUUUUUGGUUGGGUUCACCAAUAAAGGAGAGAAGACCUUCACCGUGCAGUCACUCGAGUGUUCCUUCAGAUAUCCCCAAGACUACAACUUCUUCAUUCAGAACUACACAACAGCUCAGUACAACCAGGAUGUGGGGUCAAGAAAACAAGCUACAUUUGAAUAUGGAUUUACCCCCAAUGAAGGCUUCGCUGGUAGACCCUUUGGCUUGUCCAUCUUGUUGAAUUACAAGGACGAGGAAGGCAAUUCAUUCAUGAGCCCUGUAUUCAAUGAAACUGUCAACAUUGUGGAACCAGAUGAGGGAUUAAUUGAUGGAGAAACGUUUUUCCUGUACGUGUUCUUGGCAGCUAUUGCGGUUUUGCUAUUGGUCGGUGCUCAGCAACUAUUGGCUUCUUUCAGCAAGAAACAUCGCUCAAAAAAGUCGCACCGCCAACCAGUGGAGAUGGGCACACAGAAUACAGAUGUAGACUACGAUUGGAUCCCAAAGGAAACCCUGGAGAGGGAUUUAAACAAGUCACCGGGGCGUUCACCGAAACAAUCCCCCCGCCAGAGGAAGAGCAAGAGGACCGCCGGGUCAGGAGAAGAAUGAUCGUGCUGAUGCUGACCCUGAUGGAAGUGGAUCUAAAGACCAGGUCACUGUUACACAUACAACGCGAGUACAACAGCUUCAUGGACUGCAAGAAAAUCAUCAAACUACUCACAAGAAAUCAUGUUAUUCUUUAGGUUUUUCUUUGUAAUCUAACUUUUUAACUAAUGGUAUGAAUGGUGGUUGUAAAGGGUUCAUUUGCUCAUUGAAUUAUUCCCCUUUUGUUAACAGAGUUCAUUAGUCAGUAUGAGAGAUGGAGUUUGUCUAGUUUUCUAUUUAUCAAUAACUUUGGAAGUCAUCACGUUUAACAUCUAGUGUGUUGACCACAUUGUGUAAUGUUACUGGUAAUGGCAUUUUCUUAACAAUGAUGAGUGUAUCUUGUUCAUUUGAAGUAUAUUUUUAUUUAAUGAAGUGUGAAUAAUCCACAGGGGCUCGUCACGAAGUUUUUUCAACCUUUUAUAUAUACCACCUCUAUACUAUAAAAUACACAAGGGAGGAAUCAAAACUCGGAAAAAUCGCUACCUCCCGAUUUCGGUCGCCUCGUAUUAAUUCUUCUCGGACGUUAAACCCUGCACUCUAGGUAUCAUUAGAUCGGGAAAGGACCAUAGUUUUUAGGAAUACCUGCAAAAUUUAAACAUCGGCAACAAUUUUAGAAGUUUUCACGCAUUUUCUUCCAGUUUACUCUCCGGUGACACUUUCUUCGAUCAGAUGUUGCGCUCUCAUUGGUCAAUUCAAUGUUGCUCAAGAUAACUCGUACGCGGACUUGUAUUUUAGAGGGAUUUUCAAACGAUAUUCAAACUUGCUUUGAUGCAAGAAAUACAUAGUCACGUCCUACCGAAUGUCCGAUGUAUGGUUAAAAUAUUUCUACAUAAAUAUGAAAAUUAAUACAUAUACUCACCACGUAAUAAGAACUUCUUCACUCACCAUUUGAAUAUCCCUCUAAAAUACGAGUCAACGUACGAUUUAUCUUGAUCAACAAAAUUAACCAAUGAGAGCGCAUGAAUAAAUUUGGUGCGCAACAUCUGAUCGAAGAAAGUGUCACCGGAGAGUAAACUGGAAGAAAAUGCGUGAAAACUUCUAAAAUUGUUGCCGAUGUUUAAAUUUUGCAGGUAUUCCUAAAAACUAUGGUCCUUUCCCGAUCUAAUGAUACCUAGAGUGCAGGGUUUAACGUCCGAGAAGAAUUAAUACGAGGCGACCGAAAUCGGGAGGUAGCGAUUUUUCCGAGUUUUGAUUCCUCCCUUGUGUAUUUUAUAGUAUAGAGGUGGUAUAUAUAAAAGGUUGAAAAAACUUCGUGACGAGCCCCUGUGAAUAAUCUCUAAAUUUAAUAUAUGGACUGUAAAGCAAACUGUGAUAGAGAAGUAUUCUAUGAGGUGCAAUUGUUACAAAAAUGUUUUGUGAGUAUUAUCAACUAUCAUGCUAAGUCAGGUCAGCAGAAAUUGACGAUUCCGAGGUUUGACAUUAAUUUAGGGGCUGUUGUACUUUGGCGUUCGCCUUUUGCCACUGAUAUUGUAUCAAUUUAUCUGUCUUUAAGUACUCUUGUAAAAUGGUGCAGGGAAAAACUGACUGAUAGAAAAAAAUUGUGUGUCGGCCAAUUUAUUUAUAUGUUCUCAAGGAUUAGGAAUGUAGCUUUUUAGUAAGAACAGAUGUUUUCGUGAAUAAAUAUUUGAUGGAUUUUGAAUAGCAUGUAUUGUUUAGUAGUAAUCUUGUGAAGUUCUCAACUUGUGUCAUUCCAAAGCCUUGUACUUGAAGGAUAUUUUGUAUUUUGCAUAUAAUGUGACAGCAAUGUUUACAUCUACUUCCUAUUUAAUAAAAUAAGUGAAAAAAAUGU